GCCCCGCCCCACCGCCCGCCCGAGCCCUCCCGCCCCGCGCCCGGGUCAGGCAUGGCCGAGGCGCAGCAGCUCCGCGUGCAGGAGGCCAUCGACUGCAUGGUGCAGGGGCUGGAGCGGGAGCACAUCCGCAAGAUGCAGGGAAUCAUGUUUCGGUGCAGCGCAGCGUGCUGCGAGAAUGACAGGGCAUCCAUGCAGCAGGUGCACCAGUGCAUUGAGCGCUGCCAUGCUCCCCUGGCCCAGGCCCAGGCGGUGGUCACCCAAGAGCUGGAAAGAUUUCAGGACCGCCUCUCCCGCUGCACGAUGCACUGUAACGACAAAGCAAAGGACGCCUUGGAUUCAGGGAGCAAAGAGUCGCAGGUCAAGCUACAGCUGGAAAACUGUGUGAUGAAGUGUGUGGAUGACCACGUUCACCUCAUCCCCAGCAUGACCAAAAAGAUGAAGGAGUCCUUGGCUGGCAUCGCUCAGUAGAAUCCCUUCCCCUGAGCACAGACCUGAGUCAAGCUAGGAAGGGUGUGAUGAACUUGGGAACAAUGUGGGAAAGGGUCGGGCGCCUUCUUGCGCUUAUGACGGCCCCAGGGCACUCCCGGUCUUGAGGAAGAACCUGGAAGGAAGGCUGCCAGUUGUCAGAACGGAAAACUGGUGACUGGGUUUUUCCCUAGCUCAUGGAUACGUUCACAAGCCCAGGCAAUUUCUCUGCCUUUUUUGGAACCAUCCCCCUGACCCUUGUGGUGACAGUGGGGCAGAAGAAUUGAGAAGGUGCUUUCAAGUUUGUUCGCCUGUUGUCUUAGCAGGGCAGAUACGCCUAAGCCGGUUAAAAUUAUGCCUCUGGUGCUCCAUAAAGGCACAAAAUGACUAUUUCCACGAACCUGCUCAAGGAGAUGGUUGAUUUGGGGCCUUUAUCUUUCCCUGUUUGCUCUCUACCUUGUGAUGUAAUUUAGUGGCAGAAGAUGCAGUAUUUAAAACGUUUUGAAUUCUCCAAAGCUGGCCAAAGUUCGUGCUUUCAUCCAAAUCAGGCAGGGAUCUUUUUGUUCAGGCAGCUGCUCCAGGCAGCAGACACGGGUGUUGUGCCUUAAUGCUGCCUCAGGAGGGGAGAAACGCACUUGUGUCUGUAUCCAAGUCUGGGCAAAACCUAAGCAGAAGGGCUGUCACUGGCAGCUGGCAUAUUUUGCCACCCACUGGUGAGGAGGGAUUCAAACAUGAAGGGACCCAUCUGAACCUGGAAAGUUGUGCUGCUUAAGUUUGCUGAGCGAGUCAGAAGUGAAGAUUUUAAGGGGGUUUUAAAAAUGCAACAUCAAAAUGUGAAUUUUGCUACUGGAAUAUGUGACGUCUUUUUAGUCACUCCCAAACCAAAUGUUUAUUAAAUUCUUAAAUCAAAA